UUAUAUAGUUUGAAAUCUUAUCGCUACCAAUCUAAGCAAGUGAUAGUUAAUGCGCACCAUUUUGGGGGAUUUAUUUCUGGGCGGUUUUUGACGAUUCAAAGUUUAGCUUGACGCGGAAAUUCUUGCCUCGUCAUUAUAUUAUCCAACCUUACAGAGUCUAUGAACUAAGUGUUUCUUUCAUCAUGUCUCCCACUGGCCUUAAAAAAAGAAGUCUUUGACCUGCAUCACAAUAAUUUCAACACUGACUGAAAGGAGUUUUGUGAAAUCGCAGAUUAUGGAAAGCAAAGGUAACACAAACUCCAUAUGGAAGGUGAUUAAUCGAUGUUUGCCGAAAAAAUCUUCCAGCCUACCACAGUUCAAUGAUAGUCAUAAGAAUGUGGCCAACAGUUUUAAUAAGUAUUUCACAUCAGUUGGAUGAUUAACAGCUCUUAAAGCUAACCAGUUGGCCAAAGACCAAAAUUGGGCUUUGGAUCCAAACGUCUUUGCAACCUCUAACGUUCCUGUACAGUGUGAGCAGUUUGAAUUCCAGCCUGUAACAGAGAAGGAUGUGGCGAAUGUUAUCCUAAAUUUGCCUUCUAACAAAGCACUCGGCUUUAACAAAAUUCCAUCAAGAGUACUUAAGGAUAGUUUACUGGCUACUUUGCAUAUAAUCACGUCUCUAAUGAAUAAUUCUUUCAGAUCUAAGACGCUUGCACGUGUGUGGAAAACCGCAGAAGUAAUUUGUGUUCCUAAAGAUGGAGAUGUUGGAAACCCAUGUAACAAUCAGCCAAUAUCACCGCUACCGGUAUCAGUCUCCAAAGUAAACGAAAGGUUGGCUCACAAACAAUCUGUCACGUUCUUGGACGAUGACAACAAGCUAUCACAACUUCAAAGUGGCAAUCGUAAAUAUCACUUCACUGAAACGGCUCUCCUGAGUGUCACUAAUGGAUUAUUAAAAGCUAUGGAUGAAAAGAAAAUUUCAAUACUGCUGUUGAUGGACAUGUCAAAAGCCUUUGACAGUAUAAACCGUGACAUGUUGCUACUGAAACUUCGCAGCCUUGGUGUGUCACCAUCAGCAUUAGCAUGAUUCAAAAGCUACCUCAAAGCGUUCGUAUCGGGGAUUUAGUCUCACAGUCUCUUCCAGUUUAUUAUAGCGUUCCACAGGGAUCCAUUCUUGGCCCUGUUCUGUUCACUGUUUACGUAAAUGAUUUGUUAACAGUGCCUAAACUCUGUUAUGUUGAUGACUCUAAACUCUACUUGAAAUUUAAAACUAAUGAAUUGUGUAACGCAGUCUCCGCAGUUAACUCCAAUUUAAGUGAAAUUUGCCAGUGGUGCUGUCACAAUUCACUGCUUAUGAAUCCAGAUUAAGCCAGGAUUAUCUUAGGGCUUUGCAAAUAUGACCAUAUCUCUGCAGGUCUGAGAUCACUUCGAUGGCUAAAUGUCAAACAAAUACUUAUGGUCAUGAUGCAGUUAUGAUGCAUAGAUGUCUUGGAGGACUGUCACCUAGCUACUUGUCGGACAAAUUUUCAGCUCGAGCUACUAUUCACAACAGGCAGACAAGAUAUAGAAACAGCCUCAAUAUUCCAUAUAAUAGAAUCACUGCUGUCCAACGCGCCUUUUGUUACCGUGGCGUGAAAAUAUGGAAUAACUUAAGCAAAGACCUAAGGGAAAUAACAAAUACUAUAGCUUUUAAGAGACAUUUAAUCAAAGAACUGACUUGUGACAUGAACUAGGUUAGAUGAUAAUCAUUGUAUAAAGCUAUCAGUUAGUCAUCCUUGUAGAUAGUUUUAACAUAGUUUCAUUUAUCUGUAUAAUUUUCUUUUUAAUAUUGACGCUGAGAGGCCCUUUUUAGGGAUGCUCAAUUAAGUGAGUGUAUGUAUUUAUGUAUGUAG